GCAAUGUACAUUUCUGUGUAAUUUAUUAUUUUGAAACGCGGCUGAUCAAAACGGGUCCUCAUGGGUCAAAAGUUAUUCUUUCACCAUUUGAUAUUUAGCAUGGUAACUAUGAGUAAACCUGUUUUAUUUAUAUGACCUACACUAAGGAGUUAUAUUAAACCAGCAUUAUACACAACUAAGUCCCAAUCUUAAUGAAAGUACAACAACUAUAAGCACUGCCUACGUGACAAAAUGAGAAGACAGACAAAUUGGUCUAAACGUUGCAAUUACUCUUUCAAAACGCCAUUCAUCAUUGUCAAUCAUCAAAUAAACAAUAGAAAAAACUAAGGAUCAUAGACGGAAAUAAAGGCGGACGGUUGACGCCUCCAGUCACUCUCAGGCUCAACUUACAUACGUAGUAGGUUACUAGCAACAGGAUAUUGUCUUUCAAUUACACUGCAUAACAUUUUUUUUACUUUGUGUUUAAAAUACCUACAGAUUUGGCGUGGUGAGAAGUGAGCCAAAUAAAUCCACUGCCUAAUUACCACGAGUCAUUUAUAGACUAUCCUUCUAUGAGCUUAGUAAAGCUUUUUAAACUCUUUCCUCUCUCUCCUGUCAGCUUAAUAUUUCAUGAAUCUAGACAAACGCUGACUCCUACGGACAGUUACUACAAUUAUUAGCGCGUGUGUUGUGUGAAUCAUCUACUUAAUAUCUGCCUACAUUGAUAUUGAACUUCCAGCUAUAAAAAUAUAAUUGUAUAAUGAUUGAGCCCACCAGUUCAAAAUUCGUGACCUAAUUCGUUUGUCGUUUUUAUCAAUGUGUCAGGGGGUCACUGUAUAUGACGAAAAUCAAAGUAUCAGAGCGCUGCUGCGAGAGCCACUACUGAAUUUUGUUGUAUUAAACGUGGCGUUUUUUGCUCAGUAUAGAGUAACCCUCCUAGUUUUAGUAGGAGGAGUAGGGAAUCAGCGGAGCCCACACGGCGGCUCAACCGUCCUUCACCCCGCAUUCCUCACACUCGCAGGAAACUCCCCAUCGCCAGGACAAUCACCUCAUAUCAUUAUGUAGCCGGGUAUCGGGGCCCUUUGGAAAAGGUAUUCAUAGCUGUUCUUUUCUUUAGUCUCUUAUAUGUUGAUAUGUUCCGUAGGUGCAAAAAAAGGAUUUAAAACCUACUGUAUCAUAAGUUCUUAUGUCUAAAAUAAAGCAGCUACGUACAAGAGCAGUCUAAUAUUACUUUACAUAAUUAUUGCAUUAAUCUUUAUCAUGCAAUUAUUUCUGACAAAACGGAUACAAGACAUAACUGGCACUAAUAGAAUAACGUGAAGAACGGAAGUGCGUCAGCCAGACAAAAUAAAAGUACUCGACAAACAUCCGAACAUGACACACAGUGGGAAGAAUCACCUUCUCCAGACUCUACAUUCAGUCUCGAGCUAGCCUUCAGCUAGAAUGAUUUCGUGUCCAACUACGACAAACUCAAAGGGAAGUCUCUUUUGUAAGUGUGUGAAGUUAUUACAGUGACAAAACGUUUUGCAAUCUACAGAAACGUGAAUUAGGAUGCGACGGCAGGCUCGGAUCACAGGCGGCGGCGCGCUGCUCCUGCGCACCGCCUCUGCCCUACAAGUAUGGCUGUGGUUACUAAUAUUCGUAUUCCAGAACGAAUUCCGAAUAUCAAGGUCCAUUCAACCAGGAUACUUGGACUUCGACAACCUCCCGGACACGAACUUCACGUGCGAGGGCAAGGUGAUCGGCGGCUACUACGCGGACCUGGAGACCUCGUGCCAGAUGUUCCACGUGUGCACCGUGGGCCAGCAGGAGGAGCCCAUGGACAUCAAGUUCCUGUGCCUCAAUGGCACCGUCUUUGAUCAGGAGACGCGAGUAUGUGAAAGAGUUGAUGAAGUAGACUGUACAAAGUCUGAAAAGUUUUACAGUUUAAAUUUAGAGUUGUAUGGCAAUACUAUAGCUCCUCCUAUUGUACCAGUAGAGCUAAACAAAACACAGUCUACUGAACAGCCUCCUCGCACUAACCAGCCAAAUCAUGCUGAUGAUGCAGAUCCAUCCAUAGAAGAUGAAAGAAAUGCCUCUCAUCAUAGCGGUGAAGCUCAGUCACCAGAUAACCAAGAUACGACGGAAGACCCAGUACAAGAAGGGAACAAUGAUGAGCAACAUAAACUGCCUGAUUAUCACCAAACACACACGUUCAGUAAUCACCAAGGACAAUCCGAUCAUGUGGAACCUGUUGAAGAAAAUCAAGAAGAAGAAGAGAUCGACAGUGAAAAUCCAGAGUACGACGAGGACUACACCAAAUCCCCGACAACCACGACAACGGCGGCGCCCUCUACAACUAGCACCAGCAAGCCGACCACCACCCCCGCGUGGCACGCCACCCCCCGCGCCCCCGCCGCCCCCGCCGUCCCGCACGCGCUGUCGUCGCCUUCCUCACUCGUCUCCUCAUCCUCGCAUUCUUCAACCACCACGGGAGCAGCGUCCCCAACAGUAGACCCAGCAUUGCUCUCGCCACAAGAAUUCAUCUAUCGACACCGGGGACCAGGAUCGGAAGCUAUCUCGUUCCAACGACAAAGCUUCAGGCCCGCUGACGGAGUUUACAUCACGCAUGCGCCUCCCGCGCAGCCGCAUAAUCAAUUCGACCAUUUCCAAUAUGAGUCGUCUCGGACGGGGCCACGGCCGGUCGCCUCUCGGCCUACACCUUACGUCCAGAGGCCGCCGGCUCCGUUCCGGCCGACCACAUUGGAUCCUCGAGACCAACUCUCGCGGCCCGGACCAGCCUCGCAAUCAUCGGAAAGACAUGAAACGUCAGUGAAACAUCGUCAGCAAACAUACCUGCCUCCAUUGCCGCCGCAAAGACCUUUGCCUUUUGAUCCUUAUUAUUACGAUCGAAAACGAAGUGAUGAAGCGCCCACUGAGAUCGAGUCGUCGCUGGCGGCGCGCUCGGUGGCGCCCCCGGCGGACACGGAGCGCCCCGCCGCCCCCGCCGCCGCCGCCGCCGCCGCCAACAAGCCAAAAAGUCCACCUCGAGUCAUCGUCACAGCCAGUGCGUCAGUUAGUGAUAGUAAUGGUAAAAGACUAAACUAUACAGUAGGUAACGUCGUCAGUGCGGUCAAACCGAUAGUGCCAAUCAAUUACGACGACUACAAAGAAUCUGAUUUAAUAUUUGAUCCUUUCUUUUUGGACGUGCCGAAACUGCAAAAGCGGAGGAAGAGUCGUGGAUAUAGGAAUAGUCGGAGAAUAUUCAGUGCACCGGCUACCGUGUCUCCUCGAGGGUUGGGGAAAGAUAAUGAAGCGACGAGCUCGAGUGUGACUUCUCAAGCCACGACGACGGAUACGCCGCUGACGACGCCGGUAGCCACGUCGCCGGCGCCCACCACGGCGGCCGCGUGGAGCCCCGAUGACUACGUGGACGACAACUACGAGCCGCAGGCCUACCUCCCCCCCGCGCCGCCGCUCGCCGUGCAGAUACCUAUAGAUGAAAACAAGCACGUCAAAAACGAGUGGCAUCCAAUUCAUUUGAAGCAAAAGACAAUAAUAGUUGACCCAGUGCAGAAGUUUAAGUCGAUUUCGUCGUCUGAGACGCAGUCCACUUCUAGUCAAUACGCGGCGGGGGCCGGGGUCCGCGCGCCGCCCCCGCCCCCCGCGCACGCCGCGCACCCCCUCUGUGCCACCACUGACUGUCGAAGCCGUGCCUAACUAUUAGCUCAUUUCUACACUCUUACUUUUAGUAAUCCCGUAAUUAGAUAGGUAGCGAAUUUUUUACUGUUUAGAUUUAGUGAUGCUGAAACUGAAAACUUUUGUACAUUUUUUAUUAUUUAUGAACCGUACGUGCCCAAUUUGUACAUACGUAUUUAUAUAAAUUGAUGAAAUCUAUGUAUUGUAUUGCAGUUCAUCUUACGUACACCAACUUUUUCAGAAUUUGUAUAGUUUGUCGGUAGGAUAUAUCUAUAGUAUUAAGAAAACUUGUAAAUAUAUUUUACUUUUCUAAUAUACAUUAUGUGUCAUAGUA